ACAAAAAACUCGGCAAAAUUUAAAAAUAUUUCAAAUCGGUUAGUCUGAAACUCCGUGUUUCUCUACGGUUCUCUCUGAUCAGUUCGUGCAGUUCUGACUUGAUUCAAUGGAGUUUAAGUUCCGAGCGGGCGACGAUAGGCCACCGCCGUAUCUGCCGCCGCCUUCCAGCUACAGUUACUGCGAGCAAGCAUUGCGAGCUAACUACUCAACUUCCUCCAGUUUCAUUGGAAACCCAAGAGAUUUUUACGCUAUACAUCAUCAGAUUGAGAAAGAAAGAAUCAGGCAAGAAAUAAUUUCUAAAGAAAACAUGCGUCGGCGAAUGCUUGAAGAAGAGGUGAGGAGGGAGUUGAUGAUGGAAAGAGAGAUGGCAAUGCGUAGAGAAGGAAAAAUGGGGUUGUCAAUUGAAGAAAGGCUCACAAUGCAGCUUGAUUCAAGGCUCCCAUUCAUGCACCAGUUUGACAAUCGCUGGCUACAGGAUCGGCUAGCACUUCCUGGUAAUCACAACUUGGGACUGGGAAUGGAUGUGUUGCCUCCUUUCUUUCCGCAGUUGGGGGAUGCCAUGACAGAUGAGAAUAAGGCAGCCUUGGGGGUUGACAAGAAGGAUAAGUUGAUUAUACUGGCCAAGCCCGAGCCAAAUGUCUGUGGAGCAAAGCGGAAAGCUGAGACAUCUCCUGCUGGUGCCAUGGAGCUCCCAAUCACGAGUUUGAAGAAGAAUAAAAUUGAGGAAUGGAGUUGUGCCCUCUGUCAGGUCAGUGCUACUUGUGAGAGAGGUUUGAAAGAACACCUUCAAGGUAAGAAGCACAAGGCCAAGGAAAAAGCCCUAAGAACUCAGAAAAUGCAGCAAAAGAAUUCCUCUGCACCACUUCCAAAAAGGAUGAAGUCUGGCAAGCUAAACAGGCUUGCUGAGGCCAGAGUUACAUCUGGCACUGAACUGGAGGUGAAGGUAGAAGAGGAAUCACUUCAUAUCAAUAAAUCAAAGGAUGGUUCAGACCUGAAAACAAAGGAUGAACAAGAUUUAAAUAAUAAGAAAAGUGACUUGCCAAAAAAGGAAAACUGGAAUGCUGUAAACAAGAAAAAAAAUAGGGUGUCAACAGCGGGAAAAGUUGAGAAAAGACCUGAAGCUAGAAUGAAGAAGUUUAAAUUUUGGUGUGAAAUGUGUCAGGUUGGUGCUUUCUCUGAAGUAGUGAUGGGGACUCAUAUGAAGGGGAAGAAGCACAUGUCGCGAAUUCAGAAAAGUAAAAGACAUGAAGCUGUACCUGAUAAAAAAACCCGAACCACUACCACCACAAAGUUGGUUGCAUCACCAGAGCCUACUGUGAAGGCAGCAACAUCACCAGAGCCUAUUGAGAAGACAAGUGAUGCAGAUGCAGUUGAGGCUGCCAAGAAGGCCAUCGAUGUGGAUACCAUAUCUUCACCAGUGCUUUUCGAGAAGGAAAGUGAUGUAACUGCUGCUGCAUCGCCUGAGUGUGCUGAGAAAGCAGGCAAUGUGGCUGCUGCUGCAUCACCAGAGCCUGCCAAUAAGGCAAGUGAAGUAGCUAACGCUGCUGCAUUACUUUGGCUUCUGGGAAGGCAAGUGAUGUAGACACAGUGGCCAGCAGAAUUCAGUUACAAAGAUUACCCAAGAGUGGGCGAAAUUUAUCAUGCAUGAUGAAACCGACUCCAUAAAUCACUGAAGGUACUACUUACCGAAAAACGUUUACAGUUAUGCUAGUUACUUUUUAUUUAUCCAGUUUUAAUUUUGUGAUGAACUAAACCCGAAAAUCGAACUUUUCGAUGAUCGAAUUGACUGAAAUAAGAAUCAAUAUUGUCCGCUUUUA